CGUCGUGUGAGGUGGUCGUGCGUCGUGUUUUUUAAAGAAAUUUCGGUACGUGAAAAAUAUCGUUGAUAGUAAAUUAUAAUUGGUUGGUGGUAAAUGGUAUCAUGUGAUAGUGAUGUUUGUUUGAAGAAAUGUAAAUGAUACUGUUAGUGUGAUAAAUAGUUUUGUUAUUGGUUGGUUAUAGUUUGUACCGUUAAGUGUUUGUAUUAAGUUGGUUUGUAAUUUAUUUUAAAUUCAAAGACAAUUAACCGUGCAGCCGACAACAUCUUAACAAUACUUUUAUCGUUUAUUGAGUAUUGUGGUAACUAAUUACGUGUGAACAAUAAUUCUGAAACUUUUAGACAAUUAAUUGUGCGACUAACUGUACUGUUAUUGUGCGCGGACAAUAAUUACUGUAUUGUGUCUUAUUGAAACAAAAAGUGUUGAUGUGUUCUGCAACAAGUGACUAAUUGUGAUUGUGCAAGGAUAGUGAUUUUUGUAAGAUUAUUUAAUAUGAUCUCCUGGUCCAAAAUGUCAAUUCUGUGACACCAACCUGGAAAUCCGGGCCAUCCAGACUUCCAAAUCAUCACAGAAUGAGACGUCUCUGAUGACAACACAUUGCACUUUAUAUUUCUUUCUAAAAGAAAGAUGAAUUUAAUAUCCAAAUGGCUCAUUUUACUGAUCUACACAUCACCUGUCAGCAGAUGCCAGCAGACCCAACCAAAAGGUAUCCUUAAAGUAUCGCCAGAUUACCAAAUCGAAGAAGACAGUCGACAUCAUCAUCACCAUCAUCAACAAAGUCGAAAGAAGACUUCGGAUGAUGAGGAUGAGGUGACGCAUAGGAAGCAUCAUCAUCGACUUGCUAAAACUCAUCAUGGACAGAGGAAACAUGAUUUGUUAGAAGAUUUGACGUCCAGUGACAAAGUUGGUAAACAUGCAUCAAUUUCUGAUGAUGAAGAAAGUAUUUUGACGUCACUUCAUGUUAAUCGUCAACCUAGUGGUGUAAAUUUAGACGGUUCUUCUGUUUUGCGCGUUGGUGGCGAACAACUUCCAUCUGGUAAUCCAGAAAUUGCACAUCCAAAAUCACAUCAUAGAAAUCCAGGAGUUUCAAGAAACAAAGCAAGUGGUGAACCAGGAAUUUUAGAUGUGGUGUCCAAACACCAGCAACCAGCAAGUAAUGUCCAACGAGUCUCUAGUCCUGAAAACCUAAAAGUAAAAGAUAACCAGAACUCUAGAACCAGAGAUGAUCCAGAACCAUCAUCCGAAGAAUUGGAUGAGGAUUUUGAAGACUACGAGGACGAAGACGAGAAUUUUGAUGACCAUUUGGAAGAAGAUGAUAAUUUGGGUGGUGCCAAAGGUCCUGAUGAUUUUAGUGAAGAGUUGGAUGGCGACUUGAAUUUUGGAACUGAUUUGGAGAGCACUGAUGGCAACAGGGAUAGUUUACCAGUUUUCUUGGAGGAGCCUAAGAAUGCUUAUGUUAUCAAGAAUAAACCUGCAACGUUGUGGUGCAAGGCUGCUAAUGCGUUACAGCUUGAAUUCAAGUGUUCAGGCAUGAGCGAAGGCAGACCUCCUCCUGGAGUCCGAGAGACCCACGUGGAUCCACAGAAUGGAAUCAGAUUUUUGGAGAGCUCUGCUGAAAUUUCCAGGGACAUGAUCGAGGAGUAUUUUGGACGCAAAGGUUAUAGAUGUCACUGCAUUGCUGUGUCUGCAAGGGGUCAGAUUAAGAGUCAGUCUGCUACAGUGCAAGUGGCAUAUAUCUAUAGACAGAAGUCCUCCUUGACCAAUUGGACGCCUGCCAGAGUGGAAAAAGGUGAAAGUGUAGAACUACGUUGUCUUGGUCCACGAGGAAACCCCAAACCAAGACUGCGUUGGAUCAAAAACUACAACAGCAACUUUUUUGACAUCAAAAAAUUCACCAAGAGCGUCAACUCCUUGGAAGAUGAAACCGGCAAAAGCACUAGCUCUUUAGGAAAAGGUGUGGAUCCCAAAGGCAGCAUCACUUCUGAUUCAGUUCGUGAUCCGAUUUCCAAAAUUGACAGUGGUUUGUCUGAUGUGUCCAGUGUUGGUGUAGCGAGUGGUAGAAGUGGUAAAAGUGGUGACAGUAGUGAUUUUGUGGUUGAUAGUGGUAAUAGUGGCAGUGGUUUUGUGGACAAUAGUAAGAAUGCUCUGGAUCCUAAUGGUGAUGGCAACGUUUUGGUCACUGAUGAAGGGCAUUUGCUGAUCAAUAAUGCCAGAUUGGAGGACAGUGGCAACUACACCUGCAUAGCCGAGAAUAUUUCGGGCAGACGGAUUAGUUCCCAGGUCAUGCUGACAGUAUAUGUUGAUGGUGGCUGGUCCGCCUGGUCUGCAUGGACACCUUGCGAUUGCCCUUUGUCUCAGAGGUCAUCCCAAGGUAAUUCCAGGAGCCAAAGGAUAAACUCAUCUCAGCAAGGACACGACCGGAUAACAUCAUCAGCAAGAAGUUCUUCUCAACAAGGUCGCAAAAGGAUCAGAUAUUGCAACAAUCCAACUCCUGUGAACGAUGGCAGAAAAUGUCCUGGAAAAAAUGUCCAGAGGACAUCGGACUGCGCACAAUGUCCUGGUGAGUAA